AUGAUUGGAAGAAGCACUAACAUUUUUUCAAGCCGAUUGGGCUCAAGAUUAUACCCCCAGGCGAGGACAGGCUUCCGUACGGUGCUUGGAGUGAAAUUUCAAAGCAGCGAUGCUCGCAGUGCCAGCCCAGCUAAUGACACGAAAUUUACAGAUCAAGAGGUCGAUUCAUGGUUGGAAGCCAUUGAGUCGUUGCGUCAAGAGUUUAGCGAGAAGCCUUUCUUGCCCGAAACGUCUUUAGCACCUCCGGGACAGUCGAAGGUGAACAUUCUGGAAGAAGCCAUGAAAGGCGAGAAAAGCUUCGAGCCAUCUCCACAGCAAGUGGCUGAAUGGGAAGAGCUGAAAAACGUCCCUCUACCUACAAGGAAUGACGAGACUUUGCAACAUGUGACAAACAUGAUAAUGAGACACGGUAAGAAAGAACGUGCAGAGAAGAUCUUGUCGCGUGCGUUGUACCUGGUUUUCUGCCAAGUUCGCGAAGACCCCAUCCAGGCGCUGAAAAAAGCCCUUGACGACUUGGCUCCGCUCAUGAUUGUGAAAACUUUCAAGACCGGCGUUGCCAAAGCGGCCGUCAUCCCGGUUCCGCUCAACAAACGGCAAAGAAACAGACUCGCUUGGAAGUGGAUUGUAGAAGGCGCCAACAAGCGUAGUUCGAGCGAUUUUGCCGUGCGGCUUGGGGAGGAGCUGGUAUCCGUUUUCAAGGGCAACAGCACGGGUUUUGACAAGCGGGACCAGAUGCACAAGACGGCGAUUGCGCAUAGAGCCUACAUCAAAUUGAGGUAA